GGUGUGCACUUUAGAAUAUCUCUAGAUAAAAUGUGAUAUCGACUGGACUAAUAGUGUACUUUGACAAUUCGACGAUAAGUUCAAAUCAAAUGAACUUUAAAUAGCCUUGUCAUUUGUCCACAGUAAGUUCACCAAUAUAAGAGAAAUCCCUAAACUCACCAAAUGUUGAUGAAGUAUUUCCUGUCUUGUGUGACAGUUCUGUGUUGCACACUCGUUGUGACCAAUGCGAGCCUGGAAAUCAAGAUAGAACAGGGAGUACUGAAGGGAUGGUUUGAUAUAACUAGGAAAGGCAGAAUUUUCCGUUCGUUUACGGGAAUUCCAUUCGCGGAGCCGCCAUUGGAAGCGCUUCGUUUUAAGCCACCAGUUCCAGCUAAGCCAUGGCAGGGUGUUCUGGAUGCCACAAGAAGUCAUGCCAGUUGCCCACAAGUAAACGUAUACAUUGGCGACUUCACCAUAAAGGGAGACGAAGACUGUCUAUACCUAAACGUAUAUGCACCAGAGAAUGCCAAAGAUCACCCCCUUCCAGUGAUGUUCUUUAUUCAUGGAGGAGGCUGGAUGUGCGGCACCUCAGAUUCAGAGCUCUAUGGAGCACAAACACUAUUAGACCAAGAGGUCGUGUUGGUUACAACUAAUUACAGGUUAGGUGCACUGGGUUUUAUGAGUACCGGUGAUUUAGUUCUACCCGGCAACAAUGGAUUGAAGGAUCAAAAUUUGGCCUUAAAAUGGGCGAAAAAUAAUAUUAGACAAUUUGGGGGCAAUCCCGACAAAAUCACGAUCUUUGGGCAAUCGGCCGGCGCAGCCAGCACCCACUUUCACACUUUAUCACCACUUAGCCGAGAUUUGAUAUCGGGCGCUAUUAUUCAAAGUGGAAGUGCCCUUGCACCUUGGGCAAUCAGCUUGAAACCACUUGAUUAUGCAAAAAGGUUGGCGGGCUAUGUAAACUGUCCAAAUCAUUCUAGUGAGGCAAUAGUAGAAUGCAUGAGGACUGUAGAUCCAUACGAAAUCGUCCAGAAAGAGCAACGGCUGUUGGAAUACGGCUAUGACCCCAUGAUUCCCUUUAAACCGGUAGUGGAACCGUCUCAUGAAGGUGCGUUUCUCACUGAGGAGCCAGCUGUAAUUAUUAGAUCGAGGAAAAGUGCUCGGGUGCCCCUAAUGACUGGUUUCACAACAGAAGACGGUGCAAUUAAAUCUUCUGCAUUAUUUAAAGACGAGAAAUUGAUUGAAGAACUGAAUUCAGAUUUUAACAGAAUCGCACCAUUGAUUUUUGUAUAUGACCAAGCCACGUACAAUACAACCGGGCUUUCUGAAAAGAUCCGAAAGUUUUAUCUUGGUGACAGACCAAUUGACGAAUCCUCCAAGGCACCAUUGACUAAUGCCUUUACCGAUACAUGGUUUUAUGUUGCAACAGACUCAGUAAUAAGAAUGCACACUAACUACUGCAAUAAUCCAGUUUAUUUUUACCUAUUUGGAUACCAAGGGGGUGCAACCUUUACUACAGUAUUUAAGCAUCCUGAAGACCAAUAUAACUAUGGUUCUUGCCAUUGCGACGAACUAAUUUACUUAUUUCGCCAAGGAUAUGUGGCUAAACCAAGAGAAGAAAGUGAAGAAGAUAAGCGCAUGACGGAUGUAAUAGUCGCACUGUGGACUAAUUUUGCAAGAACAGGCAAUCCAACACCUCCUAAUGAUAAGUUAUUGACAAUAAAAUGGAAUCCUGUUAGUAGCAAAAAACACGAGUACUAUCUCAUAGAUAAACAUGGCCGUAUGAGUAUGGGGGAAAAUUGGGAGCCCGGAAGGUUGAGCUUUGCAAGGAAAAUUAAGUUUAAUUCCAGGUGGAACGAAGUCAGAGAUGAGUUAUAGGGAAGAUUAAAGUUCUUAAUGAAAUAGUACGUUGACAAAUA